ACCGCUAUUAAACUAAGAAGAAGAAGACACGCUACUGCAGUGAAUAAGCAUUUUAGUUCAUUCGUCGUAGUUUUAAGACGUCACUGUAUGCUUAAAUGUUUACUUCCAAAGAAAGAUAUUUUUGAUUAUACAGCGUCCACCAACCGAAAAGUUCAUUUUAUGCGACAGAAACAAUGAUGAAGAUCUUUCUGGAGGGCGUGGAAAAGUUUGUUGUUAUCACGUGAUAGACCUCUAAUAUUUGAUAAACUAUUUCUUUCUUAACCUCCAGUUUGGUUUUGACGUUCAAAGGUUAUUUUCAAAGAAUGCCUCAACCUAAAUACAGAAAGAUCGCUGUAUUGGGGUAUCGUUCAGUUGGAAAAUCCUCCCUCACGAUACAGUUUGUAGAAGGACAAUUUGUAGAUUCCUACGACCCUACUAUUGAAAACACUUUUAAUAAAAUGGUGUCUGUGAAUGGCCAGGAUUUCAAUCUCCAGUUAGUUGACACUGCUGGACAGGAUGAGUAUUCCAUUUUCCCCCAGUCUCAUUCUAUGGAUAUUCAUGGUUACGUUCUGGUGUACUCUGUCACUUCAAUGAAAAGUUUUGAAGUUGUGCAGGUUCUACAUGACAAGCUUCUUGAUAUGGUUGGAAAGAUACAGGUACCUACUGUUCUAGUUGGGAACAAAAAAGAUCUUCACAUGGAAAGAGUGAUUAAACCAGAAGAGGGCAAGAAGCUAGCUGAUUCUUGGGGUGCUGCUUUUAUGGAGUCAUCCGCUAAGGAAAAUCAGACAGCUGUAGAGGUUUUCAAGAGGAUUAUUCUGGAAAUGGAAAAAGUGGAUGGAAAUGCCCCAUCAGAGGAGAAGAAGUGUGCAGUGAUGUAGGCAUGCAGUAAACUCACAUGCUGAAAUUAAAAGACACAUCACCUUGCUAUUAAUUAUAACGAAGCAGUUCAGAAAUGGGUCCUCUCCUGAUUAAUUUCCAAAUGCAUCAAGAAACAUUAUUCCAAAAAAUCAUAUUCAGUAUUGGGAGUUAAAUAUUGAUGCUUUUUGAUGCUCAAAUUACUGUAAAAUGUUUUACUUAAAAUCUCCCAUCUCUGUUACCUUCAGCUUUGAUAUGUUGACUGACAUUUCAUGUUUAAUCUGACAGGUACUAACCUGUCUACACCUACUAUCUCCAUUUAUCUCAGCAAUACAGAGUUGUUCUCUUUUUUAUUUUAUUUUAUUUUUUGCUCUCCCUCUGACACAUAUUUACUAAUUUUACUUCUCUUGUGUAACCAAAAGAAUUAAAAUGGAUAAAAUGGGUAGGCCAUUUAAAUUGAGUUUAUACAGAGACAUUAAGAUGGCACGUAUGACAACUCAGUGCUGUGCUGCUCCUUUCCUCUUCCUAGUGGCGUAUGUAAAGUGUGGGUAUAUAUAUAUGAUGAUGUAAACAUAACCCCAAAAAGAUCCACUCUUGCCUGCCACUGGUGGUUUUAUACACAAUCAAGUGACUGCAAGAAUUGUUCUUUUUAAACCUUCAGUAUAAAGUAAAUAUGGGAUCUUUAAAACUUUAUUAGAAUUCUAUCUUUGAGAUUCAGCCUUUUUUUUUUUUUUUUUUUUUGGUUUUUGGUUUUGUUUUGCUUUGCUUAGAUUCAGAAAUUUUGUUACCCCUAAAGGUGCCCAUGGCAUAUAAAAGUGUUCAUUAAAUAAAUGCACUUUUUUAGUAUAAUGCUGAACGUCAUAUAUACCACAUUUGCAAUUUGUGAAGGCAUAGUCUAAUAUUUACAUAGUUACCAAGGACUGAUUCAUGGUCAACAAUUUCCCCCUGUGGAGUCUUAUGUGAUCUUAAUCUUGAUUUAAAAGCAGGGUCACCAACAUUAUCUCUGUAGAGCAGUUAAGACUAAUAAUCCAAUGGCUACAGAAAAAUGUUGUUCCAAUGCAUUUCUGAUAUCUUUUGCAUCAUCCUCCCCACUUCUUAUUUAGUAACAUUUAGCUAUAUUAAAUAGUACCAUGACAUGAAUACCAUCCUGGAAUUUUCUGACCCAUACUACAUUAAAUUAGCACUGCUGAAGUCCAAGGGUCCUUUAAAAUCUGACCUCCUCAUUUUCCUGGAAAGUUCAGGGUGCCAGGUUUUUCAUUUUUAUAAUUUUGACAACCUUCAUUAUAAUUUUAGGGACUUCUGUAUAUGGAUUUUUUGUAUGUGGAAAAAUAAACAUUUAAAGAAUGUG